UAACGCGCCUGUGGAAUAAGACACUUAAACUGAUCCCGGGUAUUAAAGCGUGACUUUGUGUGGAUGAGAUUUUUUAUUAUUUAUAAGCAGAAAUAAAGUAGCGCAUUGUCCGAUAACCUGGACUUAGAGGAAAAGCUUCAUUUCUGACUGCGCGUUUAUUUCGCUCUUCUCGACGUUCCUGUGCACAGAGCAGGGUGACACUUACACCUUCCAGGACUUGCUGGUUAACUUACUCAAAACAAAGAAGAACAAAAAAGUCAUCAUGACGGAGACAUCCACGGCUCCAGCCAAAGCCAAGAAGGCAUCCAAGCCCAAGAAGCCCGCUUCUCAUCCCAAGUACUCGGACAUGAUUAAAGCGGCUAUUGUUCACGACGCGAGCCGGAGCGGAGCGUCCCGUCAGUCCAUCCAGAAGUACGUGAGGAAAAACUACAAGGUGGGCGACAACGCCGAUGUCCAGAUUAAAAUGGCCUUGAAGAGACUGGUGGCGGCUGGGACGCUGCGCCACACCAAGGGAAUCGGCGCGUCCGGAUCCUUCAGGCUCACCAAACCGGAGGACUCCAAAAAGUCCACCAAGGCGGUAGCGGUGACGGCCGCCAAGCCAAAGAAAGCGGCUAAGCCCGCCAAACCCAAGAAGGUGGCCAAGCCCAAGAAGGUGGCCAAGACACCGGAGAAACCCAAGAAAGCAGCUGCGAAAAAAGUGAAGAAGGUCGCGAAGAAGGCGACGCCAGUAAAAGCCAAAAAGGCACCGGCGAAGAAACCCAAGGCAGCCAAGCCCAAAGCAAAACCAGCAAAGAAAGCAGCCAAGCCCAAGGCAAAGACACCCAAAAAGGCAGCCAAGACAUCAAAAAAGAAGUAAAUGGACAAUAGCGGAGGCAAAAUCACUGUAAAUACUUAAGGAAAUGUUUUCGUAUAUGUAUUAUUUUUGUAAGGUGUCAUGCAAACUUAUACUGUUUUUACCAGUAGUUUUCUCUCCAUUUGCACUAUAGCCUAAAAAAAGCUGUAGAAAUAAUUGUGAGCAUUGUUUUUUUUUUUUUAAUUAUUGCGUUAAUAAUAAUAAUACUGUUAAUUCCCGUCUGAUCCUCGGUUACUUAUAGGCUAGAGUGAGAUCUUGCUGAUAAGGAAAACUUGUAUAUACAGUGGAAGUCAUGAAUAGUUGUUGUUAGUGCACGAGGUCAUGCUGAAAAUACAAAUGUUUCAAUGUUGAGCAUUGUUGAGCCUUCACAAUGUACAGACCAUAGGAGGCGAGCGUCAGCAAGAAUUUCCUAAAGCCUCUAUAGUGGUCAUUCAGACUCCAUCCUGUAUAUAUUUUUUUCCAUGUUCAGACGACUCAUGAUGUACAAGCACCACUCUGUAUUCAGUCACUUUUAAAGACUGCUUACACUGCGACCCAAUAAACCUUUGUCAUCUUCUAAAAAACAAAAAA